UCUUAUUCUUCUCUCCUUCCUUCAAUGUUUCAACAUGUUCGUUGUUCAAACUCUCAUAUCAUUGAUAUAUUUUGCCGUAUUGACAACUUGUCAAUAUCAGCGCGAGCACCAACAAGCAGCGAUCUUAAGCGAUGCGAGAUAUUUAUCAGGUGAUGGCACUUUUGGUGCAGCCUACACUCAAGAAGAUGGUGUGGAGUUUAAGGAAGAAAGUGACGUUAACGGUGAUCGUCGUGGAUCCUAUUCUUACGUGGAUCCAACUGGCCAAAGGCGUACAGUAACUUACACAGCUGGAAAGAAUGGUUUUCAGGCAAGUGGUGAUCACAUUCCCGUACCACCACAACAAAUACCACCGCAACCCGAGUACGUGCCAUUACCAGAGUAUAAUCCUCCUGACUAUAAACCACCAGCAGCACAAGUACCAGCUUAUAGGACUCCUCCACCCCCACCAGUUUAUAGGCCAGCUCCUCCAGCCCAGUAUCAAACACGAGCUGAACCGGAAUACGAUCCACGAGCCGUCUAUCAAGCCCAACCCCAACCCCAAUAUCAAUAUCGUCCACAGGCACGAUACACAUCACCGGAAAUCCAAUCUAUACCCUCGUUUAGCCCCCGACCACAGUAUCAACCUACACCAGGAGCACCUAUUCAAAGAUACAACGAAAUUACAACCCCACCAUCACCGCACAGAUUCUAUCCGCCCGGUAAACUUAAUUUCAACAGGACACCCGAUGGAUUUUCUUACACCUUUAGCAAAAGUUAAAGAUCAAACAAUUGUAAUUAUAAAUACUAACCAUAAGUAUAAUACUUCAUAGUUUUAUUAUGCACAAACAUAUCGUAGAAUCAGUCGAGUGCAACAACGACCUUGUCCAUGAUCUUAACUGAUUAAGAAAAAUACAUUACCAACAAUUUAUAUAAUCUACUUAUUUCCACACGGUUCUUUUCUUUUUUUUUUUCUUUUUGCAUUCUUGAGAAUCAAUUUGAAAAGAAUAAAACAUAUCGAAUAUCUCGCGUAACUUUUGACUUUUUUUGUAAUCUUCAAGACCACGCCCGUAUUUCCUAGGAUUACCAUUCUCUCAUCAGGUCAAACUCACUUUCAUCCUGUAACCUUUUACCAAGAUGUUGUAAUGAACUACUUACACUCCUGGGAACUUUCUGAUCCUAACGCGUUUAUGUUCAUCUACGAACACAUUACUAUCGUGCACGAUAUAUCACGAUGUUUGUCCGACAUUCCUAAUUCAAAUGCUAUUAACUAAAUCACAUGGUACUUUAUACAAAAAUGUAGUAUUAUGUAAUAUUUUAGAUUGAAGAGAUUAAAUUUGGAACGUUAUUAAAUAAAAAUGAAUUCUAUUAAGACAUCUAAACUUUGAACAUUAUGAAAGAUAAACGAUUCUAAUCUUGUUUUAAUAUCUAAUUUCACUUAUCAUGAUUGAACAUAGAUCAAGUAAAGGACACAUAAGAGGCACCGUUAGAAGCUUGCGGAAGAAAAGUGAGAGAUCGUUUGUCUCGUUACAACAGACUCGUGAAUAAUAAUCACGGUCGCGUUUAACAUAUAGUGCAUUAGGUGCAAAUCUCGGAAGAAUUGAAAACUUUCUUAU